AUGUCUGGCAGAUUUAGAGUAGAUACAAAUGAUCAGCAAAGGGUUCAGUCAUCAACGCACAGAAAUUUUGAGAAGGAGGAAGACAUCGCUACGACAAGUGGAAAGGUGGAUAUCGGUAGCCUGGAAGAGGAGCAUAUCGGUAACAAGGAGCAUAUCGGUAGUCUAGAAAAGGUGCAUAUCGGUAGCCUGGAAGAGGAGCAUAUCGGUAGCCUGGAAAAGGAGGAUAUCGGUAACAAGGAGCACAUCGAUAACCUGGAAAAGGAGCACAUUGAUAACCUAGAAAAGGAGCACAUUGAUAACCUGGAAGAGGAGCACAUUGAUAACCUGGAAGAGGAGCAUAUGGGUGCCUUGGAGAUGAAAACAGCAACAGUUAUGUCCAGCAAUCACCAUCAUCCAAAGCAUCUAGAUCUGACCAAAACUCUACCUCAAGAACCCCAUGACAAUAUGAUCACCGAGUCUGGAAGCGGGAAUCGCGACUCAAUACUGAAACCACACAUAAAUAUCAAGAUCCCCCCAGCUGAACAUUUUGCUCCAGUAUAUGUACCGAAAGCUAAGAAUGAUGACGGGUCGCAACACACUAAAUCCGCACAAACCGGUUUCAAAGACAUACUAAAGUUCCCCAGUGAAUCGUCUCAUUCGUACUCCUACGCACAUUUAUCCCCAAACUCGCUAGCGCUAAGGUUGAACGUUUUGAAGCGUUGUUUAGAGAUUUUAAAGGAUAGACCUGAUUUAUUCAAAUCAAUUGCAACAAACCCAGACCAAGUCGAACAAAGCAAUAUCACAAUGGGCUCAAUCUAUGAACAGGCCCCACCUUCGCGUUGCAGUAUGUCUAGAUCGAGUUUGUUCACACAUUCUGACAACAGCGCCACGGACUUGAUUCAGGAAUCGACACCUCCUUCUCUGCACUUGGUGGAAAAGUCGAACAAAAAAUAUAAACUUCAGUCCAACGCAUCCUCGGCAGCUUUGGCUGCUCUAUUCAGACUGGAUUUACAGACAUCAGAUGAUAUGGUAUUGGACCAAACCAACAAUAGCAGGAACAACAACAGCAACAGCAACAACAACAACAACAAUUACAUGAGAAAAAGCUCGUCCCCUUCGGCUCCUUCCAACUUGAAAUGUGACAGCUUUGCACAAAGCACAAUGAAUUUAUCUGUCAAAAAUGAUUUAAAAGACAUUUUUAAUCUACUCGAGAAUGACAUGGACUCUGUGAUGAAAAACACCGAAAUUGCAUCAACCCUACAUGAUUUAUCACUUUCUUCUGACGAUGCACAGUACAGGCUAAAAUACAACAUGAUAAAGAGGAAGCUCAUUUAUGCCUUGGCAAUGCCAUUUGUUGAGACAGCAGUUCAAACUUCAUCUUUAUUGGAAAGCGAAGUUGGCGGUUCAUUAAGGUCAGCACCCGUUCGACCAUCGACUACUGCUUUAAACUUACUUUACAAUAACUAUUCCAAUCUGCCAACAACGCCGACAUUCAACUUUAACGACGGUUCAAAAAAUACUACCAACAACAAUAACAGUGGCAAUAAUAAAAAGCGCCCAUUUCAAUCCAUGCUAACCAGCAAAUACUCAGCCCCUCAAUCCGUAUUUACUAUCGAGUCAGACCUACCUUGGUCAAUCAAAGCAGCGAAUGAUUUGGCAUGUCUCAUGUUUGGGAUCUCAAAAAACACUAUUAAAUCUCUCACGCUAACGGAUUUAAUUGCACCCCAGUUUCGGGACUUUGUUUUGUCGAGGUUGACAAGAUACACGUUUGAAAAGGGCCGGCUGGACUUUAUCUUAUUCGCAGGUGAAAUUGUGGCUAUAGUUAGACCAGGUGACCGUGGUUUUUCUUGGACCUCAAUAUGGGCCAAGAAGAAGGGAAAUUUAAUCUUUUUCAUGUUUGAUCAGAUUCCUUGCGACGCUUUUGAUGUUAUUGUUCGGCGUGCUGAAUCUGGCGCUUACACAGUAGACUCGGUUCGGGAAAUAGCCGGAAACCUUGUUUGUGAGAAUGGUUUAGACCGGAUUGAGAAUGUGAGUGAUUUAAGCCAUUCCUUGGGACAAGAGUUGGAAAAAUUCAACGAGGAAGUGGGAAGCAACAAAGACUACAGAAAUUGCAAUGAAAGUGGUGUCAUCAAUAGAAUAAGGUACUUCACUUUGCAGCUUGAGAAUGGGAAAGAAAACAUUCCAUGCGCAAUAACGUCAAGUACCUUACCAUGUGAAGAUGACGUUUUUCAAAUGAAAUUAAAGAUUCACACUAUGCCAUAUAUUGCAGGAAUCUUUGUUCUAGAUGCUAAGAACUUUCAUAUACUUUCAUGCAAUAAUGCCAUUGCGAAAAAUUUGUUUGGGAGAUCUUCAGAGGAAUUGCGCAAUCAGUCAAUUGAUAAACUAUUACCAAGAUUUACAAACAUUUUGAAUGUGGGACUUGAAAAAAACGCAGAAGCGUUUCAAUUAACAAAUGGAUUAGUUUUGCCAGAGCACUUUUUCAGAAAGUAUGAUGCUCUUAUUAAAUUUCAAAGUCAGACCCAACCGGGACACUCAAAAGAGGAUUUAUUUUUUAGGUCUCAAGGGAUCGAAGGAAAACAUCACGAUGGUAAAAUCAUAUUUGUUGAUGUUCAAGCUCGCUCAUCGAGUGAAAGUACCUUGAUCCUCUGGGUGACAUAUUCCAGGAAGAGACGAGAACGUAAUAUUACAAAGGAGUUGGACAAACUUAGCUCGUCCACGUCUUCAAUCUCCUUGGCUUCGAGCAAUAAGUCUAUUGCGUCUUUAAGCUCGCGAGCCAAAUCCCACUCUAGUUACUUGAAGUUAUCGGAGAUGAAACAAAUUUGUACACCUAAAGACGAGAAACCAACAGCAACAUUAGCAUCAACUAACACCAACACCAACACCAACACCAACACCAACAAUAAUAUUAACACUAAUACUGAUAUUAAUACUAAUACUACUACCAAUACCACGAAUGAUUCGUUGUCUACACCUGGUCAUCUUCCGUCUCAAAUAAAAUUAUUUGACAACGAAAAGGAAAAUGAGUUGUUGGAAUUCUCUCCAAGAGAAAUAACAAGGUCACUGAGCACCAGAAUACUUGAUAGGGUUGCUUAUGCAAUGCCCAGGGCGAGUUUGGAUAGCUUCAUUUUUAAUGAGGAAAUGAAGUCUGAGAAGGAGUUGGAGGAGGCUCUCAAGAAUGAACGUCCAAAGACCAAGCGCGAAGCUACAUACUAUUCUGAGGCAGAGAUACUAAAGUUGGAAAACGACUCACUAGCUGAUAUCCAGUCCAAAUCUUUGAAAUGGCCCUCGGAAGUUGGUUUGGCAAGAAGAACCAAGAAGUUUUCCGAAUUUGAUGUGGUAAAAGAGAUGGGCGAAGGAGCGUAUGGCAAAGUUCUUCUUGUGCAACAUAAAGAGGAUACACUAUACAAAGUGAUAGUCAAAUGUAUUGAUAAGGAGAGAAUACUUGUUGACACGUGGGUGCGAGACAGAAGAUUGGGAACCAUCCCAAGUGAAAUCCAAAUAAUGGCCUUUUUGAAUUCUGAACCCCAUCCAAACAUAAUGCGAAUAAUUGAUUUCUUUGAGGACCAAAAAUGUUACUAUCUCGAAACUCCAAUAUUUGGGGACCCACCGGCUAUUGAUUUGUUUGACUACAUUGAGGUGAAAAAAGAUAUGACUGAGUUUGACUGCAAGUUCAUAUUCAAGCAAAUAGUAUCAUCCAUUUAUCAUUUACAUAAGGAAGGAAUAGUUCACCGGGACAUAAAGGACGAGAAUAUCAUAGUGGAUGAAAAGGGGAUCAUUAAGUUGAUUGAUUUCGGGUCUGCAGGCUACGUCAAACAAGGGCCUUUCGAUGUUUUUGUUGGUACUAUUGAUUACGCAUCGCCAGAAGUCUUGCGUGGUGAAAAGUAUGAAGGCAAACCUCAAGAUAUUUGGGCCUUGGGGAUCCUAUUAUAUACAAUGUUGUAUAAGGAGAACCCCUUCUACAAUGUGGAUGAGAUUAUGGAAGGUGAUCUAAGAAUACCUUACGUUGUAAGUGAAGCUAGCUUAUCGUUGAUAAAAAAGAUUUUGGUUAGAGACGUUAGUACAAGACCUACAAUCUCCGAUAUAAUGGAAGAAGAAUGGUUACAAUUUUGA